GAUGAGCGCUCCUCUGAGUGGCAGCACUUGGUGCCAGGAGCUCCCGGGCCCUCCAGCGUCUUAGCAAGCAGCUCUCGCUCAAGCUGAUGGAGGGGUGCGCCUGUCGCGCCCUGGAGCUGCCGGGCAUGCUGCUGUACGCCGGCGCCUGGCUGUGCGUCCUGGGGGCGGUGGUGUCGCCGCGCUGGCUCAGCAUGUCCACUUCCAUGCUGCCCGCGGAGAGCUACGAGCUGGGCCUGUGGGAGACCUGCGUGGUCCAGGACAUGGGCGGCAUGGAGUGCCGGGCCUACGACAGCCUGCUGGGCCUCUCGCCCGAUCUCAAGCUGGGUCGCGUGCUCACCUGCGCCUCCCUGGCGGUCGGUGCCCUGGGCUUCAUUGUGUCCAUCCCCGGUCUGUCGCUGGUCAACGGCUGCGAGGAGGACGGCGCCAAGAGGACGCUAGGCACAGCGGGCGGGGUGCUGGGCAUGCUCUCCGGGGUUCUGUGUCUGAUCCCCGUCUCGUACGUGGCGCACUUGGCCGUGGUGCGCUUCUUCGACGACGCGCUGCCGGACGUGAUGCCCCGCUGGGAGUUCGGCGAUGCCCUGUUCUGCGGAUGGGCGGGGGGCUUCCUCCUGGCGCUAGCCGGGCUCCUCCUGGUGCUCGCAUCCCGCUCCACCGGCCGAGAGCCGCCCCCUCCCGCCGGCCCGCAGCGGAGGUACCAGGUGAUGAACACGGUGCUGGCCCGGGCAGAGUACGUAUGAAGGCCCGUCACUGGAAAACAUCGCAAUCAAGCAAUCAGUUUCACUUCUCAAAUGUACAUAGAUGUGUAAAUAGAUGAAUAGAUGCUGCUAAAAACGAUCGAAAUAUCUCUUGCUCCUCUAUCAGUGGAAUGUUUCAAGCUAAAAUAUUCCGAUUGUAAAAUGAGCACUCAAUCUGUAUGUGCUGAAUGAUCACAAUAAAUCAAACUGAGAUUA